CUCUCUUCUCUCUCGUAUAAAAUUACAAUAAUUGAACUCUCUCUCUUCUCCGCUCUUCUCGAUUUCAACUACUCGUAGAAGAGAAAGGGAUCGCCUUUCUUCACUCUCUGCGUCCUAUCUCGAUUUCGUGCGAAGGGUUUUCCUCAAGCGAUGUCUUUCUUCAUUGGUUUCGCACUUAUUUAGGUUGAUCGCAUUUGAGUCUUGAAGACCUGAAAAGGAAUUGAUCAGUCAGUUAGUUACUUCUUAGUAUUCUCCAUGGGAAGUAAUGAGAAUCUACCACCCAAUGUUAUCAGGCAGCUCGCCAAGGAACUCAAGAGCCUUGACGAAUCUCCUCCGGAAGGCAUCAAGGUUGUUGUCAAUGACGAGGAUUUCUCACAGAUAUGUGCUGACAUUGAAGGACCAGUUGGGACUCCUUAUGAGAAUGGGCUUUUCCGUAUGAAGUUGGCACUGUCUCAUGAUUUUCCACAUUCCCCGCCUAAAGGCUACUUCAUGACAAAGAUAUUCCAUCCCAAUAUUGCUUCUAAUGGAGAGAUCUGCGUUAACACGCUUAAGAAAGAUUGGAAUCCUAGUCUUGGAUUAAGACAUGUCCUCUCUGUAGUGAGGUGCUUACUGAUCGAGCCGUUUCCAGAAUCUGCACUAAACGAACAGGCUGGAAAGAUGCUACUUGAGAACUAUGAAGAGUAUGCUAGGCAUGCUCGGCUUUACACGGGUAUCCAUGCUAAACCAAAACCUAAGUUCAAGACGGGAGCUAUCUCAGAGUCGACGACGGCUCUAAACGUUGGCCAGACUAACAACAACGAGACGCCUGGUGCUGCUUCUGCAAUACCCUCCUCAGUGGCAGACAUCAACAGAGUAACAACAACAACGAGUGGCCAAGACCAACAAGAAGUGGCUAACAAUUCUUUAGCAGCAGCAGGUUCUGCGAGUGUGGUCACUACGACCCAGAAAAGGGAAGCCGGUUUGGCCAAGGUGCAGGCAGACAAGAAGAAGGUAGACGCUAGAAAGAAGAGCUUGAGGAGACUGUGAUGAUGCAUGCUACUUCUCAAACUAAAGAGUUUGAUAACUUUUAUAACUUAAUUAUUUUUGUUUUUUUUUGUAUUGGAAUUAUCUGUUGAUUUGCUUUCGUACAAUAAUGUCUCUUUGUUACAUGUUGUUUUUACUGUUUAAUCAGAUUUGUAAAAUUGUUUUGGAAUACUGAAUGUAAUCAGACAAAGAAACCAUAGAUUGCAUGUUAA